UAGAACUUCUUUAAUUAAAAAUGUAAAUGUAUGAAAUGGGCAUGGACGUUUAGGAACAUUUUAGUUGCCUAGGAGACUUGGUUUGAGUCCACUUCUGCCCCCCCGUGGGUAAACUGAACACCGCACAGUCGUUAGCAACCUGCCCCCUGAGAUAAAAUUAGUCAUUAACCUCGUCUUCUCAGUCACUCAGGACACCGGGGAAGUCGCACGGUACUCUCACUGAGGCAUGCUGCCGCUCAGCCGUCGCAUCUAAGCAUGGCAGACUGUAACCACUGCACGCACGAGCGGGCUUUAUCCGUAGAGGCCGACGUUACGGUGGCGUUUUACAAAGUUGACAGCCAUGACAAAAACAGCGCCUACGACCGACAAGAGCCUGGCACUAACGACCGGGCACCAGAGAGGAUUCAUCUGCGGAGCAACGGCCAAGCAUCGUGCGAGUAUGAUGAUGAAGAUGAUGAUGAUGAGCAACUGGAGGGCGCGAGAGGAAGGGGAAAUUCACUGGAAAGCAGCGGCGAGGAGAAAACGUCGUGCCCACCGGCGUUUUGCGUCAGAAGCAAGCCCCCAUCCGAAGGCCCAGAGAAACCAAAUAGAUGCCCAGGUCUUGGCUUGUUCUAUGCUUUCCUGUCCACAGUUUUCUUCUCCAUCAUUACCCUCUUGGUGAAAACUAUAGAGGGAAUUCAUGCUAUAGAGAUCAGUGCCAUACGAUGCUUCUUUCAGAUGCUGUUUGUCGCACCAAUAAUCAUCUAUUGCAAGACAGGUUUUCUUGGUCCCAGAGAUAAACGUUUAUUUUUGAUGCUUCGGGGUUUCCUUGGUUCCAAUGCCAUGAUCCUGCUCUUCUAUUCAGUUCAGCAGAUGCCGCUGGCAGAUGCCAUCGUUAUCACAUUCAGUAAUCCAGUCUUUACCUCCCUCUUGGCUUGGAUCUUCCUGAAGGAGAAAUGUACAAUCUGGGACUGUGUUUUCACUGUUUUUACCCUCACCGGAGUCAUCCUCAUUGCCCGACCUCCAUUUCUCUUCGGCGAGAAUGUUCAUGGCAUUGAGGGCGACUACACGAACCACAUCAAGGGGACCAUAGCUGCAUUCGGAGGAGCAAUUGGAGCUGCGUGUACACUUGUUAUUCUUCGCAAGCUGGGCAAGAGUGUCCACUACUACAUCUCCGUGUGGUACUAUGCUGUCAUCGGGUUAAUCGAGUGCAUCAUCACCGUAUCCGUCCUGGGUGAAUGGAAAAUCCCAUUCUGUGGCCGCGACCGCUGGAUGCUGAUGUUGAUCGCCAUCCUGGGUAUCGCAGGCCAGACCUUCCUCAUAAAGGCUCUGCAGAUUGAGAAGGCCGGACCCGUAGCCCUGAUGAGAACUGUGGAUGUGGUGCUGGCGUUCAUCUUCCAGUUCAUUUUCUUUAGCCGCGCACCGACAUGGUGGAGCCUCGGGGGAGCGCUGUGCAUCGUGGUGAGCACCAGUGGAGUAGCAAUAAGGAAGUGGUAUAAUAGUUCCCGUAGGAACAGAUGAGCAGACGUAUCGUCAUUUUAACUAUUGAUUACUAUUGAUUUUUUUUUUUCUCUUUACCAUCAUAUGGUCUUAAUUAACUUCUUAUUUUACUUGUUAUUUAUAUGCAAACCUGAGUGGAAGUUUAAGCUCUUUAUAGAGUUAGAAGCAGAAUUAGAUCAGACCCAAUCUAAUAUGGCGCUGUUUUGGCUUGUGGCGUAUUCAGAAAUGAAGUCAGUGCAUCUAUACACGUUGAUUCUAAGAGUCAACCUGUGCAAUUUAAUGCUUGUAUUUUCUUUUUUUUAAAUUAAUCAACAGGUUUAGGUUUUUUUUAAAGAAACGAGAAAAAAAGACUUCUCCUCAAAACUGUACGCGGAUCCCUGGAACUAGUGUGUAUAUGUACACAGUAUAAAUACAAUGAAAAACAUCCAAUUUACUCCCCUUUUACUUUAACCUGAAUAAAAUAGCCAAAGAGAGGAUAGCAUAACCAUAUUAUACUAAAAAGUGUGCAAAUUUUUAUUUUUAUUAUGAUUUUACUCAAAAACAAAAAUGUUUGAAUCUGUUCAAGCUAAGACUACAACUAUGAUCGCUCUGCCAUCGACAAUGACAACAAAAGAACCACAAAAUCAAGGAAUGCACUUUAAUACAGUCAGUCACUACAAAUAAUACAAUAAAUUCCAACAUUGUCAUGCUGUACUAUUUUCUCAGGGAUUUCUCAGCAGGGUGUGAUGUUGGUUAGCACUCCUAGUGCUAGUCACUGGACACUGGUAUGUCCUCCCUGUGCAUUUUUCUCCAGGUUCCCUGUCUUCAACUUUGCAGCCCAACCUCUAGCUGUGCACUGUGCAAUAUUUAAAGUGCCUUAUGUAGGAAAGUUUUCCUUAAUAAAGCGGCUCAGAUCUCAGAUAACUGUGCAAACUGUGCAAAUACACAUGAAAAUGAAUAAGAAUUAGGGUGCUAAGAGAAUUUUGUACCUAAAACACUAACUCCCACCCCCGCGAUAGGCUGCACUGAUUUUUUUAUCAGCACAAAAGUCUGAUCCUGUCAUCACCUUGUGCCAUUUUAGCAGGCAAUUAGUGCACAAUCAGUUCAGAAAUAUCAUUUCUAUGAUGCUAAAAGUGGGAUGUCAUUUGUGCUUCAUCUCUGCCAGAGGGCAGAGCAAGUGUGAGUAACCUGUCACUAUAAUUCAGCAGAUCAGCUGGUAAACAACUGCGCACAAAGAUCGCUUCAAGUAUCUUAACAAUAAAAUCUUGCUCAUUUAUUUCAAGGAGGUAAAGCAAAGUAAUGAGAGGUGAAACGGCAUAAUGAAGUGCAGGUUUGUUAAUAUAACCGUGCUCGUCAGACACCCCUCAUUACUCAGGUGAAUAGCUGCAAAACAGUUAGACUCAGUCUUCUAUUUAAAGGCAUAAGUUCUGGUUUUGGCCUAGUAGGGUUUUUUUUUUUUUUCAUUUCUUUGUUUUUUUUAAUGAUUUUUAGUUGAUUUAUAAAAUUCCAGCAAAUGUUAUAGAGACUUUAAAUAUUUCAAAGCACAAAUAUAAAAGCUUCUCUGCUAAAAGCAGUAGUUUUUUUCUUUCUUUCACACUCAAAGAGUGUUUUUGCUGCCUCUGAUGUAUGAUUUAUGUCUAGAAAUCUGGCUUUCCAGCACAGCUGUCUCUAUGUUUUGUGUUUGUAUCUGGUAGAAAUUAUUUUGGUAUUUUUAACAUUUAACAACAAGUUUCCCAGUGGCACGACCAGCGAGGUCAUUUUCGCAACUGCAGUCCCGUAUUUGACACAAUUUAAUUGGGUGCAAUACAGCUGGAAAGGGAAAGCAAUUAGUGGUGCUAGACUGCUACUCUAUAUCCUGCGGUGUUGUCUUUGCUGUUUUUCACACUCUCCUCUUUCUGUUUUUUUUUGUUUUCUUUUUUUUUGUUCAACUUGUGGAGAACUGUGUCUGCAGCACAACCUGCACCGUCAACACCCGUUCCUGCUAUAAUUAUUCCUCUUAUGCAGUAAAUGUUAGUGUGCACACUGUUGCUUCUAUGCAAUGCGACAACUGUUUCCUUGUGUUAUAUAAAAAGUCCAGUUGGCUCAUGUUGGUCCUGUAGGACAUGACACGGUGAGCUGUAGAAGACUAAAGCAACAUAAACUUUGUGUGCAAUAUAAAAAUGCAUUUUAUCUACAGAAUUCGCUGUGGUUGAAGUAAAUCCCAGACGUGCUCUGAGAUAUUAUGUAAAGAAGAAGCACUCAGUUUUAUUGCCAAAAUUAAUUACUGAUUCAAAAAAACAUAUUAGCUUGGAAAUUAGUUGUCUCACUCUGUUUUUUUUUAAGGAACUAGUAGAAAAUAAAGACACUGUGACAUUUGUCAGUUGUUCAUGCAUGUGACAGUCACAUCAAAUGUCCACAAGUUAAUUUUCUUAAGUGUGUUUUGGUUUUACAUUGAAUUUAUUAUUAUUAUUAUUAUUAUUCUUAGUUUAAAUGACAUGAAUGCUGGUAGUGUGAGCACAAUGUGUUGUUUUUCAUCAGCUGGUAAGGUGAACAGUCUCAGGACCUACAAGCCUUAAAAACCUACUGAAGCUGUUUUUAUACUAUCCUUAUCAUUAUUAUUAUUAUUAUUAUUAUUAUUAUUUAUAUCAUCAUUAUCAUUAUUAUUAUUAUUAUUGUUAUUUCUGCAAUGUUUUACAGAAGCUCAGAUGUAUGUAUUUCCACACAGUGAAUAACUUUUUAGUAUAUUAUAACUUAAAAAUAAAUCUUAUUUGAAUUUCUAAGUCUUA